CAGGGGGCGGCGGGGGUUACUACUUUCCAAAGAGGGACCGUGCACAAGCAUCUGGAAGGCUCGCCAGUUCGCAAACCCACUUAGUCACCCACAGCCGGGGAUCUUCUUUCUGUCUAACCAUGGACAACCAUUCGUACAACUUCCCCUCAGACUGCACCCCGCUCACCAACUGUAAGUCUGCCCGUAAGCCGGCUGGAUCCACCGUGGUGAACAUGGGCAACGCUGGCAAGAAUCCUCCCCGGGACUAUCUAGUCUGGUCGCUGUGCAACACCUUGUACGUUAACUUCUGCUGCCUGGGAUUCAUGGCUCUCGUCUACUCCAUCAAGGCCAGGGACCAGAAGACUCAGGGCAACCUGCAGCUGGCCCAGGAGUGUUCAGACAAGGCCAAGUGGUACAACAUCCUGGCCGCCGGCUGGAACCUGCUGAUUCCACUUCUGGCCGUCGUCCUGCUCGUCCUGCUGCUCGUCCACCUGGGCACGUCCGAGGGCUCCUUCGACUUCUUCGGAGAGGACGGCUUCCAAAACUUCAUGAAACUAUUCAGCUGGUAGACAGAGAAACAAAAACAAAAACAAAGAAACAAAAAAAAUAACACACAGAUCUGUCUCAAAGUCAACCCAUUCACGCUAACCGGGGCUGACAUAAUAGCUCCUAUAGCCAAUGUAAGCCAAGCGAUAAAGGAAAUCUACAUGGAAAUAUGUGCCGGGCUAAAAUCUGCUCAGCACAAAAAUAAUCCUAAAGAUAGCAAAGUAAGCCUUGGUUUGUGUAUUACAAGAGUGUCCUCUUUGGGAUGCACCAGUACUAAUGCUAUAGUAUCAAAAAUUAUGGCCGAUAAAAGACUAAAACAGGACAUUCAAGUAAAAUCAGUGCUCGAAGUGGGCCGGUACUCUCCGGUACGCAGUACCAGCACUUCUACAUUUUACUCCUUGGCGUACCGUGACUUUGUCUGGCACACCGGCACUUCUCUCAAGCUGUCGGUACUCCUCUCUGCCCUUUCCAUAUCAGGUUCAUAAUGGUGAUUCAUAACGGCGCGGCUUGUUUUACGCCGCACCUCAUAAACCGUAGGAACAUAAAAACUAGAAUAAAAAAAUGCAUGCAUAGCCCAAGUAUAAUAAUAUAGCAUUAAAAACACAGCUGAUUAUGACUGACAGUAUAACAUGCUU